CUCUUUCGGAGCUUACACUUCGUUUCUCUCGAUCUGAAAACAGAUACUCAGGAGAGGUGCACGCUCCGUCGUCAAGAUGGUUAACGUUCCGAAGACUAAGAAGUCCUUCUGCAGUGGGAAGGACUGCAAGAAGCACACUCUCCACAAGGUUACCCAAUACAAGAAGGGCAAGGACAGUCUCUAUGCCCAGGGUAAGAGGCGUUACGACAGGAAGCAAUCGGGUUACGGAGGUCAGACCAAGCCCGUCUUUCACAAGAAGGCUAAGACCACCAAGAAGAUCGUGCUGAGGUUGCAGUGCCAGGGCUGCAAGCACGUGACUCAACAUCCGAUCAAGCGAUGCAAGCAUUUCGAGAUUGGAGGAGACAAGAAGGGCAAGGGUACAUCUCUGUUUUAGAGACCUAGGUUACCUUCUCUUAGGUAGUGAACACAUUACAUUUGUCAGGUUCUGUGUUCAAUUCUGGAAGGGAGGGCUUUUUGGGAUCGUACGUAGGACCUACGGUGAAUUGCCCCUCCGUAUUACUUCCGACUAGUCUCGAUCUGAAGGCUCUUUCGAGUUGCAUUUAUGGGAUGGUCACUGAGAGCAGUGAAUGCGUCCUCCGCCCAUGCGAUUUCCCAGGCUGGAUGGUCAAGUAAUCACUAGACCUCACUCAUUGCCCUCGAGAAUUAAGAAUACUGAAACGCGGAUGUGUAACAUCUCGGAACAGUGAUUUAAUUGAAUAUUGUUGUUCCCGAGUGAAGUUUUUUAAUGAUCACCGAAUUUUGUGUACUACAGCAUAUUCGGAGAAAAUGAGCUAUUUUUACUUC